AGAACCGCUGCGGGUUGGGCUCUAAAACACGUUUAACUGUUUGUUCCGGACAAAUUGUGGCGGGAAAAGCCGCGCACGAGCCGCUGUUUAGUCACGUGCGUGUUUACUGUCAAUAUGACGUCAUUCAGACGUUUAACGGACGUUUAAAACAACGUGAGCGGCUUCGUUUCCGGUUUCUGUCGCUUGACGAACUAUUGAAAUAUCUGCUCAAACGCAAUAAUAUUUAUUCAUUUAUAACUCAAAUAUAUAUUAACAACUAAUUUUAUAUGCAAAACAUUUCCAUACAAAGGGAAAAGUGUUCUACAUUUUUACAAAACUUGUGCCGAAUAAUUCUAAUUAUUACCAAAUAUGUAGAAACUCUAAAUAAAUGGAGGACGGUCUGAAGUGAAAUGAUUCAAACAUCAGUUUAACGUCUAUGGACAUAACGGUGGAACACGGUUAUCUUUGUCCUCUUUGAAGUGUGGAUCUGUUGACGGUUCCUUUCUGUACGGUAGUAAAGUCUAUGGACAUAAAGUCUCCGGUUAUAUUCUCUACGUGACUCCAAACUAAACUGUAAUGUUAGUUUGCUGUCAAACACUCGUGAUUAUAUUUAUUUAUAUAAUAAUAAUAAUAAUAAUAACUUGAUUCAUAUAGCACCUUUAAAAACAAUGUUUACCAAGUGCUCCACAGAGAGUCAGAUCCCUGUCCCGCUCAGGGCGCCCGUAGCUCCGCCCACAAUGAGAUGGGCUGAGGCGAUGAAGAGGCCCCGGCUGGCCGGAGUCUUCCUCUUCCUGGGCGUCCUGCUCGUCUACCUGAUGCUCGUGAGGCGUCACUACAGCGCCGCCGAGCCCGCCGCCUUCUCGCUGCCUGCCCGUUACAGACCCGGCCCGGCCUGGAGGCCCGGCUCCUCCUCCUCCUCCUCUGAAGGGAGCUUCCAGUACGGCAUCAUGUUCGAUGCUGGGAGCACUGGGACAAGAAUCCACAUCUUCAAGUUCCAGACGGAGCUCAAUGAAGCUCCCGAGCUGGCCCACGAGACCUUCAGGGCCCUGCAGCCGGGACUGUCUGCGUACGCCGACGACCCCGAGAAGUGUGCAGCAGGGAUCAGGGAUCUCUUGGCUCUGGCCCAGUCCAGCGUCCCCCCCUCCAGCUGGACUCUCACCCCUGUCGUCCUGAAGGCCACCGCCGGGCUCCGUCUACUUCCUGGAGAGAAGGCUGAGCAGCUGCUGGACACAGUGAGGGCGCUGUUUGCAGAGUCCCCUUUCCUCUGCAGGGAGGACAGUGCGUCCAUCAUGGACGGCACCGAUGAAGGGAUUUCUGCCUGGACCACCGUCAACUUCCUCACUGGGGGCCUCCAAUCGGGGGACUCCUCCACGGUCGGGAUGCUGGAUUUGGGAGGCGGGUCGACUCAGAUCACCUUCAGCCCUCAGGACCAGAAAACCAUCCAGACGUCACCCAUCGACUACAUCAGGUCCUUCAGGAUGUUCAACCGCACACACACUGUGUACACACACAGUUAUCUGGGUCUCGGUCUGAUGUCGGCUCGACUCGCCGUCUUGGGAGGAGUUGAAGCUUCACCACUAGGGGGCAGCACUGAGCUGGUCAGUCCCUGCCUUGCUCCAGAGUCGUCGGGCAGCUGGCAGCACGCUGAGGUGGUCUACACUGUGAGGGGCCAGAGGACAGGGGAGCCGGUGUACCAGGCGUGCCGCUCUAAGGUGGAGCAGCUCCUCCUCAGGAAGGUGGAGAAGGCGCCGGAGGCUGCAGACCUGGACUUCUACGCCUUCUCCUACUACUACGACCGGGCCGUGGCCCUCGGGGCCCUCGAGCAGGAGACCAGGGGGUCCAUCCGGGUGCUGGACUACCAGGAAGCAGCUGAGCGAGUGUGCAGCGGUGGGUCCCCCAGUCCUCCACAGAGUCCUCCUCCACAGAGUCCCUUCCUCUGCCUGGACCUGGUUUACAUCUCAGUCCUGCUGAAGGAGCUCGGCUUCCCCCCACACAAACAGCUCAAGCUGGCGCGGACCGUCCACCAGGUGGAGACCAGCUGGGCUCUGGGAGCCACGUUGCGCUACUUGAGUCCCUGAAGACACUCUGGAGCUGUUCUUGUGAAAAGUAUGACGUCACAUGUGACCGUCCAAUCAGAGGCUCUCCGCACAACGUCUCCAGGCAGAAUCUGAAGGACGAGGCGUUCAAGUCUUCUGGGGAAAGUCAGAGUUUCUCCUCCUGAAAAACUGACCUCAAAACCCGAACACGAGUACUCUGUAGAACUAGUACUACAACAGAGUAGUACUACAGAGUACUAGUACUACAGAGUACUAGUCCUACAGAGUACUCGUACUCCGCCCUGAGUACUUUGAUCUUGUUAGUUUUUAUUUCUGAUGUUUUGAACUUUCGUACCAAAAAUAUAAAAUUAGUUUUCAGAACUU